UAUCUAUUAUCUAUGCUCUUAUUAAUUAUCUAUAACAUAAACAUCUAUGUGUAUUAAUGAGAAUCUAUGAUAUGAUUCAUGAUUAGUGACGGAUUAAUGAGUCCUCGAGUCCCUGAUAAGUAGCAGAUAUAAAAUUAAAGUUAUCCCUUGUUUAUGCCUUGUUUUAUGAUAUAGUGUUCAUUAAAAGUGUUACAGGUAGUUUGAAAUCUUCUUAUCUUGUAGUCUGUGAAUGUUCGCAAUCGUUUAUUAUUUGCUAUUUAAAUAUGUUACAAGAAGAUUCUAAUGGAGAUGCUUCCUUUGAAAUUAUAGAAAAAAAUGUUACUGAAAAAGCAGCUCCGGUUGUAAACAACAGUGCAUCUAGUGGAAAUUUAUUAUCUAACGUACCACCUCCGUUGGUCCUCCCCAGUUUUUUUCAAACACCUAUAUUACCAUCAAUUACAACUUCUGCCGCAAGUCAAGUUCAAGUUGCUAUUGCAUCUUCAGCAACAUCACUCACACAAACAAAUACAAAGCAACCAACAGUUUUAUUAGUCGAUAAUUCCCCUAAGGUUUCUAAUAACAGAUUCUGUCCAACAGAAUUUAGUGCAGCAAUUCCUCCAACCAAAGGGAUUCAACAUGGUAUUCCUGAAUCAUCAACAUAUAGUUCUAUUACAACUGAUUCUGUCACAGAAUCCAAUUCUAACACUUUAGAUACAUUUUCAAAGGAAGAAGAAUCUGUAGGAAUAUUGGGAUGGGUAAAAGGGGCUGUAUCGAAUGGUGGCAUAUUUUAUAAAGUAGCAGAGAAAGCUAAAAGCUCAGUUGAUUCUGUGAUAACUACAUUAGAUCCACAAAUGAGAGAAUAUAUUUAUUCAGGAGGUGAUCUGGACAUUUUAGUAGCUUCUACACAAGAAGAUAAAAUUAGUGCUGUUCGAGAAGCAUUUCAGUCAGUUUUUGGAAAAGCCACUGUAGAAGGAGUAUCAGUUAAAGUUACAAAUGUAGCAGUACAACCUAUAGGAUUUGAAGAAGGUCUUAAAGGGGCAGAUGAGAGGAUUCAGUAUGUAUACAAAGAUCCUAAAAUACAGCCUGUACCUGUGGUUGCAGUUGAAGGUUUUAUUGUUAAAUUUGAAGAUGACAGGUGGUAUGAAUUAGCAGUUGUUUUAUUAAAAGAUCCUAUAAGGCAAUUGUCUUUACAUACUUACACACAAAUGACUCCUAUUCCUUCAGAAAUUGUGGCUUUAGCACAAGAAAGUACUCCACAAGACUAUCCCUUAAGAGAAACUGGAUUGUCAGUAACUAUUGGCAGUAUUAUGGCUGAAAAUUUGGGUGUAAAUCACAAUAAGUGGCAUCACGCAUUAACUGGCGUUCAUAGACGAGAAAUGAUAUUAUUGGCUGGGAAGGCUAUUGCUAAUUUGUACAGGAACUGCAGCAUGGUCAAUUUGGAGUUAUUGGGUUCAAAAGCAAUUAACUUUAAUUAACACUGUAUAUAACAGUAAGUUUACAUAUAAAGCAGUUGUUGACUUA